AUGCCUCCCAAGACAGCCAAGGCCGCACCCAAGGCCGCACCCAAGGCCGCACCCAAGGCGGCCUCCAAGAAGCGCGCGCUCGCCGACACCGAUGCCAACGCCGCACCCUCGGCACCCGCACCCAAGAAGAGCAAGGCGUCCUCCUCUUCCAAGGACUCCUCCAAGGAGCAGCCGCCCGCCGACAAGGGCAAGGGCAAGUCCAUCACGCCGCAGCGCAUCUCGCUCGGCCCCAAUGCCGAGCUCGUCCCCCCGCGCAUCAUGCCCGCCGAGGCGGCCCCCAGCCUGCACAAGAUGCUGAUCCCGCCGUUCUGGAUCAUGGCCAUCGACGCGACGCCCGACCGCGACGCGACGCUCGGCAACCGCGAGUGGUGGGCCGCCCACGACCUGUGGCUCCAGGCCAACAAGAAGGCCCUCAAGAUGAAGGUGGCCGCGUGGAAGCGCCGCGAGGUCGAGCUCGCCAAGCCCUGGGAGCCCAAGCCGGACGAGGGCAACGACGACUGGGACUUUGUCUGCCUGCAUGCCCACAGGGGGUCUCAUGAGGAGGAUUCGGAGUCGGAGGACGAGUAUGGCGACGAAGAGAGCGAGGAUGGGGAUACGCAAGCCAAAGACAACAGCGCGAAGGAUAUAGACGAUGGCGCCAAGGACAAAGGCAAAGAACACGAUGAACAUAAUCACGGUCCUGUUGGCAAGCUUGCCUCGCUUCACCCCGACCACGUCCCCGUCGCCACCAUGCGAGGCAGGGAUCGCGCAGACUGGUGGCUCCUCGAGACGCUCAAGCGCGACCCCGACGAGUUCAGCAUGCACGUCUACAAUGACUUUGCCUACUACGGCGCCAUGGAGGUUCUCGAGAAAAUUUUUGUCCACUUCACCUCCGUCUGCAAGCCCAAGUCACACUACCUCGACAUCUGGUGCGAGAUCGAGGGCAUGGCCCUGUACCUCCACCGCGGCGGCGGCGACUUCAUGAGUGAUGUGCGACGACCCGACCGUGGCUCCGAGCUCAUCAGCCUCGUCGGCUACAUGACCUUGGCGGCGCUGCAGGAGCUCGAGAGGCGUGAGGUCCUAGCCGGCAACAGCAUCCCCAACAUCGGCUACAUCCUCUCGCUGCUAAUCAGCGUGGGCUGGGUACGCGGCGAGAUCGCUGGCGACGACUUCAUGGACCACGUCUCGUGGGUGUACCGCGUCAUGGCCAUGGCCGAAGCCGCGGGUAUCACCAUCGGCGGCGCGUCCGGCUACGUGCACACCGCCGAGGAGGUCGGCGAGCGAGAGGCCGAGGGCACGACGGCCGAGCUCGUCAAGAAGUGGGAGAAGGUUAUCUUCGCCAACAAGGUCCGAUCAUACAAAACCAAGCACGGCGGGCGACUCGGCCCCUGGGCCCCUGCUGAAAUCGGAGGUGACUACUACGACGUCACCAAGAUGAAGCCCGCCGAAAGGAAGCAGCACUCGUACGGGGAUCAUGAUCCGUUCAAGCUGCGAUGA